GCUCCAACUUUUCAAUGAAACAAUUAUGGUAACAAAAAGCCAAAUCUUUUGAACUAAUUAUUAUGUGGGUGGGCUGUACUUUUUCAAUUUCAUGAUUUCCACUUUUGCUCUUUAAGAUUUGGUGUUGAGGUAAAUGGGGGAAUCAAUAAUGGCUGCAUUAAGUCAUGAUGAUAAGAUGGGGGAGACAGCUGCUUCAGAUCGGAGUCUUGAAGUGUCGGUGUCGUUUGGUAAAUUUGAGAAUGAUUCGUUGUCUUGGGAGAAAUGGUCGUCUUUCUCACCAAAUAAAUACCUAGAGGAAGUUGAGAAGUGUGCUACACCUGGAUCUGUAGCUAUGAAAAAGGCUUACUUUGAAGCUCAUUACAAAAAGGUUGCUGCUCGAAAAGCUGAGCAGCUGGGACAGGAGCUGCAAAUGGAACAUGAAUCACUCGGCUCAGAUGAUCAAAAUGGUGGAGAUCCGCUUGGAAAAGAUUAUGGGAUAGAUUCUGAAUUUGAUGUACCCGGUGCUCAAACUUUUGAUGAUGGGACUAGGCAAGAAAAGAAGUUGGAUGAUGAGUUGGACAUUGGCCCUGUCGAUGAGCCUAGCGAAGAUGCUGCAAUCAACUUAAAAAGUGUAGAAUUAUCAGCCGAAAAAGUGGAAGGAGAAUUGGGUGGGGGGAUAGAUGGCUCAUCUUUAAAAAAACUAGAAGAAGCUCCUUCAGUCAAAGAAGUGGAAGUUUUAUGCACGGAGGCUCAAGAAAUGAAGGAUGUUUCAGAAAGUUUGGAGAAAGAGAGAGAAAGCAUACCUGUAGUUAAGGAAAAAAGUGCGAAGUUGGAUCAUCGGAAGGCUCAAGAAAUGAAGGAUGAAUCAAAGAGUUUGGAUAAAGAGAGAGAAAAUAUACCUGUAGUUAAGGGAAAAAGUGCAAAGUUGGAUCAUCGGAAGGACACGCAAAAGAUUUCUCCAAUGAGUAAGAUAAGAGAUAUGACAAGGAUAAAGAAGAAACCAGCAUCACCUGUUGCUAAAUCACCCCAAAUUUCAACUCCAAAGGUCACCAGGAUGGUGCCAAUUUCUAGCACAUUGUCCACAGCGAAAAAUGUUUCUAGCACAUUGUCCAUGACGAAAAAAGCAACUGGUUCAUCAUUACUGAAGAGCAAAAGUCCUUCUGUGGCAGGAAACAAGAAAGUGGCUUCUAAAUCUUUGCACAUGUCUCUUAAUAUGGAUACUACAAUUUCCGAACCAUCUCUCACACCUUCUCAUCCAACAACUGUUAGAACAUCACUUAUUAUGGAGAAAAUGAAAGAUAAGGAGAUCAUUAAACGAGCGUUUAAGACAUUCCAAAACAAUUUCCACCAGUUGAAAUCUUCUGCUGAAGGGAGAUCAUCGGCAGCAAAGCAGGUAUCCACAAAAGGGGCAGAAGCUAAAGUCUCCAGUUCUGUGACACCACGAAAAGAGAAUGCAGGGUCUUUUAAAGCAGGUAGCAUGGAUAAGAAAACUGCUAAGGCAGCUCCAUCUUCCUUGGGCUCGAAAAGUGAUGACAGGGUGGAGAAAAGAAAAGAGUUUUCUAAGAAAUUGGAAGAGAAAUCAACUGUUAAAGUGGCAGGGAGUACCGGCCUUGGAAAUAGAUCAAAGGAUGACAAAGAUGCAGCAAGCAGAAAGCUAAGACAGAGCCUUAACUUUAAAGCCACGCCCACUCAUGAUGUUUUUCGGGGACAAAAUGUAUCAAAAAGCCUUAUAGAUAAGGAGGGUUCCAAGACGCUUCGGAUAUAGAGGCUGUGAACAUCUCGUACUAAGAACGAGACCACUAAGAGAAGAAGUGGUUUUAGCACCCGCUCCACCCGGCUUCCUCUUCAGCAUAUGUCGACACUUCAAAACGGAUUACAAUCCCCGCUAAGUACCACCGGUUAUACUUUCAGUCACCAACACAGUGCCAUUGAUUAGUCACCUUUUUUGUAUAUUGAUCUGUUACUAGAAAUAGAUAUCAUACAUUAUAUUGCCAUCCCUCUCUCCCUCUACCGUAGCAUGUAUUGGAGAAAUCGUCAUGUGAGAUGAUAAAUUGUGAAAUUUGUUAGAAAUAUAUGGACCUUCUAGUACACAGUAA